CCUUCCCUCCCUCUUUUCUUUCCUUACAUCUUUUCCUUCCCUCCUUUCCAAUUUUUCCUUCCCUCCCUCUUUUCCUUCCUUUCCUCGUUUCCUUCCUUCCUUCCUUUCCUCUUGCUUCCUUCCUUCUCAUUUCCUUCCUUUUGUCUUUUCCUUCCCUCUCCAAUUUUUCCUUCCUUCCUUCCCUCCCUCCCUCUUUUCCUUCCUUCCUUUCCUCGUUUCCUUCCUUCUCAUUUCCUUCCUUUCAUCUUUUUCUUCCCUCCUUUCCAAUUUUUCCUUCCCUCCCUCCCUUUUUUCCUUCCUUCCUUCCCUCCUUCCCUAUUUCCUUCCCUCUUUUCCUUCCUUCCCUCUCUCAUUCGUUGCAUUCCUUCCCUCCCUCCUCUUCUUCCUCUGCCUUUUAACUACUCCGUCUUCCUAUUUUCCACACUACAACAACCCUUUGAGAUAAACUGAGUUUGGAAUCCGAUCCAGGGAUCUGGCUUCGAAAGGGGACAUGAUGCUCAUCAGCUCACCUGCAUAAAAGGAUGAUACCAUGGGAGGCAAGAGCAAAGGGAAGGGCUCCGGGAAAGGCAAAGGCAAGGGUGGCAAGAAAUCCAAGAAGGCCACCGUGGAGGUGGAUAUUCUGAGCCCAGCGGCCAUGCUCAACCUCUACUACAUUGCCCACAAUGCCGCCGCCUGCCUGGAGUUCCGUGGCUUCCAGUGGCCGGGCUCUCUGAAGAAGAAAGGCAAGAAGAAGAAGUAGGCAAGAUGGAAGAGCCCCACCGGGGGCCGCUCAGCGGAGGUUCCGUCGGGGGCAGGAGGACCUUCAGCGAAUCGGCUCGGGUUUGCCGUGGCGCUUGCCCUUCUGACAAAGUAAACCUUGCUUUGACCUACCGGCGUGGUGUUUACCGCGGAAUACCUUCCCCACAGCCCCCACUGCCUCUGGAUCCCGUGCACCAGCGGCAGCCUCCGCGCCAAGUGCCGGCGUCCCAAGACGUCGCGCGACGCCCUCCUGCAGGCGACAUUCUGCAACUCGGGAGGCCUCGAGCGCCCGAGACACCUUGCCUGCACGUUGUCAUAACUUGGCAGUUGUGACUCGGUGCACGCACCACAGGCCGCCUUCCAACAACAGGCCAGGUGGGGUUUUGCACUGGUUACCCUUGGGAGCUGCGGGGCUGAUGGGGCGCCAUUCUUUCAACCGAGGUUUCCCGGGAAGCCAGGAUUACACGUGGAAGCUUGUCGGCAGGUUUUCAUUGAGCACCCAGGCUCCCGAGGAGUCCCCGGCCACCCUCCCUUCUCAGGUAGCCAAAAGGAAGAGGUGUGCUCCGUUGUAACCCUGAACCAGACCAAAUUCCCAGAGAAUGUUCCUGAAUCCUCUGCGGAAUUGUCAAAAGAGGAUUCUGCAGCAGAGAUCUCUGUCCUUUGGAACUGGUCCUGGCUAGAUCUUGGCUUGAGUGGAAGUCACAUUCCCCCCACCCCACCCCUUGCUAGGCUGUUGCUUGGCAGCCACGCUGAAGGUCUGGCCUUCACUUAUUACUGUGACAGAAUAAAGAAAUAAUGUUGUGUGCGCAACUCCCAUCAGCGGAAGCACCCACUGCACCCCCGUCUAGCUCCAAAUAGGGUCCCCCUUGCCCAAAGAUGAGAUUUGAAAGAUACAUGGGAAAACUUCAUUUUGCCUUGCAAAACCAGGAUGGGAGGUAGGUAGGUUGGUUCAGGAUGCUUUGAUUACCGUCGUCUUGUCAUUUGGAGACCUAAAAUGUGACAUCCCAUCUGCAGACUAACCUUUGAUAACUGAUCUCGGGCAAAGCGUGGCUAGAUGUGUUUUUGCGCUUCAGGGGCGUAAUGUGGGGAAUUGUCCAGUCCAGAAGGUUUAAAGAUCUUUCUUAGUCCUUGCAAAGGCCCCUCAAAGCUUGCCAAAGUGGGGCCUCGCCACUCUUGCAACGUCCAGCUGAUGCGUAAAGCAUCAUUCCCCAUAUCGAUUGGUGAUCAAAGACAAGAGCCUUGGCCAAUUCAGAGACAGGCCCCUGGGGAACCACAAAGGGUGUGGGGUGUCACAAUAUCAGCGCGACUGCUGAGGCAUCCAAGGGCGAUGGUUGCGGUGCCCAAUUUAACUUUUAAGGCCCCUGCCUUGCUCACACUCCUCCAUUUUUGGCACGGGUGCAUCGCCUGCAAAUUUGGCCAUUCGAUUUGCACAUCGGGAGGCCUGUACUUCUUCCCUGGAUCGGUUUUAAGGCCGUGUCGUAAUACUUGUAUAGCAGUCCUUCUGCGCACAACAGAGUGAGAUAGUGCAAGCCAACAUCUGCUGGUUUGUGCCCAUGUUAUCACUACUGCGCCCCCUUCCCUGCUUAUUUCUGGUUUUUCUGUCUUCAUUCAAAAGCCAAACAGGCUGUUUUGUUGUGUUGUGGGUUAUCCACAGGUUUUUACAAAAAAAGUUUUUAAAGAAAAUGACUCAUUUUCGUAUUAACGUUCAGGGCCUCUGUAUCGUAAUAGCUUCCAGUAAAAAGAUAAAUAUCAGCAUACAGAAUCCCCAAAGGUUAAUAUGAAAAACCAUUAGACAUUUGUCUGUUUGAUCAGUGCCAGUUUUUGCUAGCGUUUUGGAGCAAGUGAGGCUGGAGGGGGGGAAAAGUUUUAAGAAGAUGGCCCACAAAAGACCCUGGAGAAGAAAGUGGAAGCUAGCAGAUUGGGACAAAAAAAAAAGAUGGCUUGGAGAUGGAUAGGCAAGAUUAGCCCAGUGGUCUAACAAGGUCAAGUUAAUAUCCUAAAACAGGGGUCUCCAACCUUGGCAACUUUAAGACUUGUGGACUUCCAUCUUCCAGAAUUCUUCAACCAGCUUUGCUGAAGGAAGUUGAAGUCCACAAGUCUUAAAGUUGCCAUGAUUGGAGACUCCCGUCCUAAAGUGUUGGGUAUCUCUGCAAACUUCCCCAGGGAGACUGAAUUUAGAGCUGAGUGGCAUCAUUACAACCACCCUAGCUACUCUAGCAGUUUCUUCUUUUUUAUUCCAAAGUCAGCAGGUAAAAUGGAAAACAGACAAGCUUUCCCACGCUCUGAAGAAACUUGAUUUGGCAGGGCCUUCUUUGCAGAUGUUAUCAGGGUAGCCACAAGUAACAGAACCCCUUCCCCAAUUCGCUGUUUUGGAUUAAGAGAUACAAGAGGCUUCUGGUGUUGACGUGUUUGUUGCUUUCUUGUUGCUUCGAGGCGCUCCCUGCCUGCUCUGAACCCCAGAACCAGACGUCUGGGGUUUCUCUUGAGUAGACAAAAAAUAGUUGGUUUUUAUUGUUAAAGGCCGCAAGUUGCAGGUUGUUUACUCUGCAGUGGCCCCAGUGCAGAGUGUUUUUGCUUUGAAAUUUCUCCUAUAAGGGUGUGGUGCUAUUCCCAAACUGGGAACAGGCUAACUUUUAAGAAGUAUAAAAUGCAAAAGUUGAUAGCAAAACAUUUAAGGUAUUAUUGUUAACUUAAUUUCCUCACUGUAUUUUUUUUACAUGUAAAAAGUGUUUGGAGGUAAUAAAACUUCAGCCAGUGUUGAUUCGUUAA